AUACGUUGCUGUUACAAGCGCUGAAGCGCAUUGCGUGUCUGCGUGAGAAGAGUUGAUGUCCACCUCGCAGUCGUUCGUUUCAUAGGUUAUGUCGCGUUGAAAUUCACGAUCGCGUUAAAAUCUGUAAAAUCACGUGCGACUCGUUCUCAAUUUAUGGCUCUGCGAGCGAGAAAUUAAACAGAUCGUAGAAUCGCACGAUAAUUUGUCUUCCGUUAAAAAGAAUCGGGUGCAUACCCUCGAGAAUCUCACUUAUUGCGCUGCUUUUCGCUAACAUUGAAAUUCCGGAGAUCAUCGCCUUUGUUUUCUUCGCGGUGGACGUGAGAGAAGAGAAGAGAAAGAAAGAGAGGGAGACAGAGACAGAGAGAGAAAAAAAGCCGCGUCCAAAUCGACGCGUGGAGACAGAAUACAAAAACGUGGAGGAAAAAACUACGAGAUGUCGGCGUCUCCCAUUGCCAGACAGGCCACCCAGAGCCAGAGCAUACCAUCUAAGAGGAUCGUCAUUCACGAUCCCAAUCAGCUACCGGUCGACUACUCAUCCACCCCCGGAGGCACGCUCUACUCCACGACACCAGGAGGUACUCGCAUCGUGUACGACCGCGCGUUUUUGAUGAAUUUGCGAAACUCUCCGAUAUCACGAACGCCACCACGCAACCCGCUGACCAUACCGUCUGAAUUGCUGAGGGGGAAUACUCCGGUCAUCACGAAAGAUCCCGCAAAAAAUACUAAUAAAGACUCUCUGACGAUCGAAGAAUCCGCGGAGCAAUUUGAAAUGGAUAUGUGAGGCAAAUGCAACGUGCUGUUGUUUAUGGCGAUUAAAAUGUGUUCGUAGCCAUGCUCAAGAAUAUUGUUAAUCAGUCUUACAGACAAUCGCACAGAGUUGAGAGUACAUGGCUAAUACGCUUUAAUCCUGUGCCUUUUACCAGUGGUCUUAUUAAAAAUCGUGAAUCUUAUAAAAAGAUUUUUUCCUUGACGAAAGGCCAUAUCUUAUUCACAUAUAUUGUAUACAAAUCAUUUUAUUCUCGACGCUUGUCCUUGACCAAUGUUAUACGUAUAUUUGCAUAUAAA